AUGCGGAUCAUGGGCAGACAACGAAUUGAUUCUCUCAAGCAUACUCGUUUCUUGUCCUAUUUGUUGAUGUUGAUGGUGGCACUGCUGGCUGUUAUUGAACCAUACUUUGCAUUAUCCGGGUUUAGACAUAUCUCCUGGCGACCACGUUCAGCGGGUGCAUCGAAUAAUGAUGAAUAUCUUUCGGGAAUCGGCAAAAUCUUCAUUUUCCCACAAUAUCUCCUAAUAGGCAUUGGGCUUUCGUGCUUGUUGGCCUACCUCUUUCCAAACGUUGCCAAACACGGUGGGAUCAUACGGGCAGAGUAUUUGAUUCUAUACGCCGCCGUUGCAAUCAUUUUCUUGAUUAGCGGCCUGAGUAUCGCAAAGGAAAAGCUUUUACAGCAGAUGCUCAACUACCGUGUCCACGUUCUUGUCCAAGGUAUAUCUUUUCUCGUUGUGCCUGCCACAACGAUUGCGUUCGUCCAUCUGAUCUACACCACGGACCAAAGUCACCGAAUCGACGAGGCGGUUUUGGCCGGAUAUAUUCUGGUGGCUUGUUUGCCGACAACUAUUUCAUCGAAUGUGGUCAUGACAAGAGAGGCCGGAGGCGAUGACGCAGUGGCAUUGGUGGAGGUUUUAGUCGCCAACAUCCUGGGCCCCUUUAUUACGCCUGGGUGGACAGUGACUUUGCUCCCAAAAGCAGCCGAGUUCGACCCCUGGAGAGAUGCCGAUUCCGAUCUGGGAUCGAUGUAUCGUCAGGUUUUCCAGGCAUUGGGUGUCAGCGUACUAAUUCCCUUGAUCCUGGGGCAGGCGGCUCGCUGGACGUGGCCUCGGCAGGUCGAACACAUUGUUCAAAAGUUUUACCUCUCCAAAGUUUCAGGUUGCUGCUUGAUAUUAUUAACGUGGGCGAGUUUUUCCACCUGCUUUGCGACUCAGGCGUUGGAGUCCAUGUCCAAAGAGACCAUCGUAUUCGCGGUAUUCUUUAACAUUGGUCUAUAUUUAUUUCUUACGGGAAUCUGUUUUUUCUUCUGCCGGCCACCGAAAUUCCUCACAUCAAAUCGUUUUGGUGGUCGUGUAUUCCCUCGAUUAGCUCCUGCAGAAACAAUCGCCGUUUGUUUUUGUGGUGCUGCAAAAACCACUGGCCUAGGAAUACCCAUGUUAUACGCGAUGUAUAAAUCGAACGAUGUCUCUUUGAAUGCGAGAAUGUCCGUGCCUGUCAUUUUAUACACCAUAGAGCAAAUCUUUUGCGCUCGCUUUCUGAUCCAACCAUUCCGAUCAUGGUCACGAAAAUCGCAUGGGAAAGGCGCAAGCGGUAGUGAGAGCGUUGAACUCGAGUGCGACUCUGUCGUGACGGACCCGUUAAAUGUCGGUAAUGGAAAGUGA